GUCUCUGAAAAGGAAACGAACCCAGCCCGUUGUCGCGCAUAGUUCUUCCUAAUAAUAACCCUAAAAACCUUGUCCUUCCUAUCACUUCGUCGUCGGCGGCGGCGGCUGGGGUUGGCCGAGCCGAUCGGAUUUUGAGCCGGGUUAUGCUACCACCGUGUAACAGCGUCCACGGCUAUCCAUAGACCUGUUCGCCGUCGAAACAAUGAUAUCGCGGGCGUUUUCUCAGGUGCUGGGUAAGGGGUACAAAUCCCCGCUAGAUCUGUUCGUCCAUGCAUCUGCCGUUGUUGGCUUCGGUUCCAACAUGCCACGGCAUCUUCACCACCUCCUUCGUCAACCAGAUCCAGCUGACGGUUUCCCCCCCAAACAGCACCCGCUGCAAAAUAACAACAGGGGAGCUCCUCCUACCUGUACCUUCGAAUCAAACUGGACCUUGCAGCAUAGUUUUUCAACUGCGAAGAAUUCAAAUGACACUCUUGACUAUAUAAUGAGCUUUGAACAAAGAUUUGCGACACUGAGGAGCAUCGGGAACUGUGUCAACGAGUGUGAGCUCAGUCUGCUCUUAAAGGACAAAACUGCCCCCAUUUGCUAUGUUUGGUGUGAUCCCUCCCCGUGGAUGCAUAUAACCCAGGGUAUCUUAAUGACAAUCAAUGUCAAUAAGAUGAUUAAAGCUGGUUGCAAAGUUAAAAUUUUAAUGGCAGAUUGGUUUGCUCAGAUGGACAAUAAGAUUGGUUUCAUUGCUGGUGGCGUUCUAAGUAAAGUGCACCCUAUUGGCUUGUAUAAUGUUGAGACGUGGAAAGCAACUGGCAUGGAUCUUGAUGGAGUAGAGUUUGUGUGGUUGUCGGAUUUGAUAUCUAGGAAUGCAGAUGAAUACUGGCCACUUGCUAUGGAUAUUGCAAGGAAAAGCAAUCCAAGUGCAAUAAAAAGCUGGCUUCGUGUUUAUUCAACAAUUAAUACAAGGGGCCACGGGAGUAUUAGUCCCUAUAGGAUGAGAGAUUUUACUGCUGCUGAGAUAUUUUAUCCUUGUUUACAGAGUGCUUGUAUAUUAUUUCAAAAGCAGGCAGACAUAUGGUUGCUGGGCCAGGAUCAGAGUGGAGCCCACAUGUUAGCUCGAAACUUCUGCACUCACAUGGCGAUGGAAAAUAAACCAAUUGCACUGUUCAGCAAUAUGCCCUGUAAUUUAUUAGAACACCCUGAGAGAUGGGCGGUUGACGAUCCAAACUGGGCCAUCUUCAUGGAAGAUGAUGAGGAAGACAUCAUUAGUAAAAUAAGUGAUGGAUUCUGCCCUCCAGAAUCCGCCGAGGGUAACCCAUGUUUGGAUUACAUAAAGUAUAUUGUAUUACCUCGGUUUGGAAAGUUUGAGGUGGUUCAGAUGGGAGAUAAUGGUGGCAGCAAGACAUUUGUGAACAUGGAAGAGUUCACUUCUGAUUAUGAAAGCGGAGUUCUGCAUCCUUCUGAUGUGAAGCAGGCCCUUGCAAAGGCAAUAAACAUGAUGUUGGAGCCUGUUCGUGAUCACUUCAGAAGCUGCGCUGAAGCAAAAAGACUAGUGGAAGAAAUUGAGGAUUUCUAUUCGGGGCAGUGGUAAGCACAAGGUUGACGAAUUAUUGAUGCUGUCAUGAAAAGUUCAGUCAACUAGUCUAUGUUGUCACAAAUAUUCAGAUGUUGAGUCGAUGGUGUCUAAAAGACAUGUUUGGCUCUGGUUUGCUGGAUCGUUGUAUUCCUGUUCUAACUUUGGGAUAUGACACUACACUUUGUGUGAAUGAACAUCGUACGUUGCUGUUUUA